AAUUAUUGAGCAAUAUUUUAAUGAAAAAGACGGUAUUUCUUCUGUCAACAGGGUUAUAAAUUCAUUUGUUGUUUCUUUUAAGGUCAGAAUCAUAUCUGAAAUCGUUAAAGAAGCUGGGGGAAAACAUCUAACUGAACUACAACUCCAUCCUUUAAGAAAGAAUAUCUAGAUGUGCACAGAAGAAGGGGCAGGGCCAACAAGAGAUGAGCUAGACUUCGAAUUCUUGGGAAACAGAACAGGGGAACCUUAUAUUGUUCAAACAAAUGUGCACAAAAAUGGUACUGGUGGGCGUGAGAUGAGGCACGUUCUUUGGUUGGAUCCCACUCAGGACUUCCAUUCAUAUUCCAUUCUUUGGAAUUCUCACCAGAUUGUGUUUUUCGGGGAUAAAGUUCCGAUAAGAGUAUACAAAAACGCGAAUCAUACGAACAAUUUCUUCCCCAACGAGAAGCCAAUGUACUUGUUUUCGAGCAUAUGGAACGCGGAUGAUUGGGCUACUAGGGUUGGUUUGGAGAAAACAGACUGGAAAAAUGCACCAUUUGUUUCAACAUAUAGAGAUUUCAAUGUUGAUGGUUGUCAAUGGAAAGAUCCUUUCCCUUCUUGUGUUUCUACAACCACUAAGAAUUGGUGGGAUCAAUAUAAUUCUUGGCACCUAUCAAGUGACCAGAAAUUGGACUAUGCUUGGGUGCAACGGAAUUUAGUGAUUUAUCAUUAUUGUCAAGAUGAGAGAUAUCCAGAAAAGCCUGUGGAGUGUUGGUUAAGUCCAUGGGAUUAA